CGCUCACAGGAGGGGCGGUAUGUAUGGGGGGGAUGGCGUAGACAGCAGGAGAAGAUUGGGGCAGCUAGUAGCCUCGGACAUCGCACAGGCUCUGAAUGUGCUGGGGAAAUGUGAGUGUGGUGUAUGUGGACAUGUAAGGAGUGUAGGACAGUGGACUGAAGCCUGAUGGGGUCUGCGACCAGCCAGCAGGAAGAGUCAGUUACAGAGAGCCCCCCCACAUCGCAGACCAACACUGAGUCAGAAUCAACUGACCCCUCUCCUCGGCCGCCCAUAAUCCUCAUCACAGCUCCAUCACGAGAAGACAUCCACUCCUCUCCAUCCAAUCUGACCAUAUCUGAAGCCAAAGAGCAGCAUCCUUCCUCCCAGCCCUUUGUAGUGGGGAAGAGACACAGUGACCCAGCAUGAGCUGCCACCGAGGUUUUCGAAGAUGGAGUCAAAAUGGACUUCACGAAUACCUACCAGUUGCACACCGCAGAGGCAUGUGAUGAAAAUACACUGCGGUGUAGACUGCCUGCAACUCCGGGAAAGCACUUGGUUGUCCUUUUGGUGGCCCAAACCAUAACAAUAUGGCGGCGCCCGAUUCGGUGUGCUGCGAACUUUCGAGUUAAAGCCAUAACGGACGCUACCCAUGUCUUUUGAGGUGGAAAACGACCUCAGAUAAAAAGGAUGGACCACGUAGGAGAGGACGAACCGGACCCUAUAAAGCUCAAGUCUAUCAAGACUAAUAAAACAUUCACAGUGCCUCAAAAUGACAGGUUUGGGAGCUGCAGGAGUGUCAGAGAGUUUGAGAAGUUCAAUCGCAUCGGAGAAGGAACCUACGGCAUUGUGUACCGAGCCCGGGACACCAAGUCAGAUGAGAUUGUGGCUUUGAAGAAGGUCCGUAUGGACAAAGAGAAAGAUGGGGUCCCCAUCAGCAGCCUCAGAGAGAUCACCCUGCUGCUGAGGCUCAGACAUCCCAACAUAGUGGAGCUGAAAGAAGUGGUCGUCGGCAGUCAACUGGAGAGCCUGUUUCUGGUGAUGAGUUACUGUGAGCAGGACCUGGCCAGUCUGCUGGAAAACAUGCAGACCCCGUUCUCCGAGGCUCAGGUGAAGUGUAUCGUCCUGCAGUUGCUCCGAGGCUUGGAGUAUCUCCACCACAACUUCAUCAUACACAGGGACCUGAAGGUGUCUAAUCUGCUGAUGACAGACAAAGGCUGCGUUAAGAUCGCUGACUUUGGGUUGGCCAGGAUGUACGGCAUCCCCCAGCAGCCCAUGACCCCUCGAGUGGUCACACUGUGGUACAGAGCUCCAGAGCUCCUCCUAGGGACCAAGAGCCAGACUACAGCUCUGGAUAUGUGGGCCGUGGGCUGCAUCCUGGCUGAGCUGCUGGCCCACAAACCUCUGCUGCCGGGGAGCUCGGAGAUCCAGCAGGUGGACCUGAUCGUGCAGCUGCUGGGGACCCCCAACCAGAACAUCUGGCCUGGUUUCUCUCAGCUGCCCCUCAUUGGUCAGUACAGUCUGAGGAAGCAGCCGUACAACAACCUGAAGAAUAAAUUCACCUGGCUGUCUGACGCCGGACACAGGCUGCUCAACCUGCUCUUCAUGUACAACCCACAGCGCAGAGCUACUGCCAAAGACAGUCUGGAGAGUUCCUACUUCAAAGAGAAGCCUCUACCCUGUGAGCCCGACCUCAUGCCCACCUUCCCCCACCAUCGCAACAAGCGGGCCGCCCCACCAGCAGAGAGCCGCUCCAAACGCAGCAAAGUAUGAUGGGAGAUGGACAUCAUGAGACCUUGGGGGGGUGGGCGGGGGGGGAGUGCUUGGAUCUGAGGAGAUGCUACUGCAAACAAGUUGAAUUAAUAAUCAAUCCGUUUCCUCCAGCUGAAGCCGAUGAGUCAUGGUGCUGGACCGGUGAGUGUUCAGCACGACGCCACAGAGGUCAUGUGACAUGUGAAAGGCCUCCAGCACCACAGGUCCAUUAGAAUUUAUUUUGUUAGCAAUAUUUCUGAAUUCUCGCAUUGCUUCUAAGGUCUGUGCACAAAAGAAAGGACAGUAAUGAGUUGCCUUGACAACAGUGCUGAGGCGUUAUUGUUUCGAGCAUUUUUCAUAUUAUAGAUGUUCUAACCGUCGUUGGAUCAUACCAUGAGGAGGAAACUGAGCGGCAGGACCAGGAGAGACUGAAGGCCCUCCGCGCUGAGAUUUUUAGAACUGUACGGUAGAAGAAUCUGCCUUUUUUUUAUGUAGAGAAAAUUAGUUUUUGGAAUGAAACAGCAGCCUUGUAAAGAGCAUGUUUGUGUGAUGACUGUCAAAGUGACCUUCAGGUGGGACUCAUCCCUGAAUCUGCUCCCUCAUUGUUCGAUGUUAUAGGGAUAGUUUAUGUUCUUUUUGAAAAACGCUAAAGAUGUUUGUUAGAUAACGGCCUGCUCGCUGUAGCUUCAUAUUUACUCUAGACAUGGGAGGAUUAAUCUUCUUUUCUUCCUAUAUCAUGGAUUUCUUUCUCAUAUUGUUCUAGUAAUCCUUUUGGAGCCUCAGCUUGAACGCCUAAACCUACUGUAAACAAUCAAGCAGUGGCUUCCUUAGCAGAAAUCCCUGAGAAGCGGUGGGUCUGACCCCUGGCUGUCUGUACACAAACAUGACUGCUAAAGACGCCUCUGAAUGUCUUUAAACUGUCAGCUGUAGAACAUAAUAAAGAUUUCAACACAGCAACUGCC